AUGUUCAAUAGCGUCGUCGAACGAGUAGUGGUGGUGCGUGCACAUCAGAAAGACGAGUGUGAGCAGCUCAGGAGGAGCAGCUCAGGAGGAGCAGCUCAGGAGGAGCAGCUCAGGAGGAGCAGCUCAGGAGGAGCAGCUCAGGAGGAGCAGCUCAGGAGGAGCAGCUCAGGAGGAGCAGCUCAGGAGGAGCAGCUCAGGAGGAGCAGCUCAGGAGGAGCAGCUCAGGAGGAGCAGCUCAGGAGGAGCAGCUCAGGAGGAGCAGCUCAGGAGGAGCAGCUCAGGAGGAGCAGCUCAGGAGGAGCAGCUCAGGAGGAGCAGCUCAGGAGGAGCAGCUCAGGAGGAGCAGCUCAGGAGGAGCAGCUCAGGAGGAGCAGCUCAGGAGGAGCAGCUCAGGAGGAGCAGCUCAGGAGGAGCAGCUCAGGAGGAGCAGCUCAGGAGGAGCAGCUCAGGAGGAGCAGCUCAGGAGGAGCAGCUCAGGAGGAGCAGCUCAGGAGGAGCAGCUCAGGAGGAGCAGCUCAGGAGGAGCAGCUCAGGAGGAGCAGCUCAGGAGGAGCAGCUCAGGAGGAGCAGCUCAGGAGGAGCAGCUCAGGAGGAGCAGCUCAGGAGGAGCAGCUCAGGAGGAGCAGCUCAGGAGGAGCAGGUCAGGAGGAGCAGCUCAGGAGGAGCAGCUCAGGAGGAGCAGCUCAGGAGGAGCAGCUCAGGAGGAGCAGCUCAGGAGGAGCAGCUCAGGAGGAGCAGCUCAGGAGGAGCAGCUCAGGAGGAGCAGCUCAGGAGGAGCAGCUCAGGAGGAGCAGCUCAGGAGGAGCAGCUCAGGAGGAGCAGCUCAGGAGGAGCAGCUCAGGAGGAGCAGCUCAGGAGGAGCAGCUCAGGAGGAGCAGCUCAGGAGGAGCAGCUCAGGAGGAGCAGCUCAGGAGGAGCAGCUCAGGAGGAGCAGCUCAGGAGGAGCAGCUCAGGAGGAGCAGCUCAGGAGGAGCAGCUCAGGAGGAGCAGCUCAGGAGGAGCAGCUCAGGAGGAGCAGCUCAGGAGGAGCAGCUCAGGAGGAGCAGCUCAGGAGGAGCAGCUCAGGAGGAGCAGCUCAGGAGGAGCAGCUCAGGAGGAGCAGCUCAGGAGGAGCAGCUCAGGAGGAGCAGCUCAGGAGGAGCAGCUCAGGAGGAGCAGCUCAGGAGGAGCAGCUCAGGAGGAGCAGCUCAGGAGGAGCAGCUCAGGAGGAGCAGCUCAGGAGGAGCAGCUCAGGAGGAGCAGCUCAGGAGGAGCAGCUCAGGAGGAGCAGCUCAGGAGGAGCAGCUCAGGAGGAGCAGCUCAGGAGGAGCAGCUCAGGAGGAGCAGCUCAGGAGGAGCAGCUCAGGAGGAGCAGCUCAGGAGGAGCAGCUCAGGAGGAGCAGCUCAGGAGGAGCAGCUCAGGAGGAGCAGCUCAGGAGGAGCAGCUCAGGAGGAGCAGCUCAGGAGGAGCAGCUCAGGAGGAGCAGCUCAGGAGGAGCAGCUCAGGAGGAGCAGCUCAGGAGGAGCAGCUCAGGAGGAGCAGCUCAGGAGGAGCAGCUCAGGAGGAGCAGCUCAGGAGGAGCAGCUCAGGAGGAGCAGCUCAGGAGGAGCAGCUCAGGAGGAGCAGCUCAGGAGGAGCAGCUCAGGAGGAGCAGCUCAGGAGGAGCAGCUCAGGAGGAGCAGCUCAGGAGGAGCAGCUCAGGAGGAGCAGUCAGGAGGAGCAGGUCAGGAGGAGCAGCUCAGGAGGAGCAGCUCAGGAGGAGCAGCUCAGGAGGAGCAGCUCAGGAGGAGCAGCUCAGGAGGAGCAGCUCAGGAGGAGCAGCUCAGGAGGAGCAGCUCAGGAGGAGCAGCUCAGGAGGAGCAGCUCAGGAGGAGCAGCUCAGGAGGAGCAGCUCAGGAGGAGCAGCUCAGGAGGAGCAGCUCAGGAGGAGCAGGUCAGGAGGAGCAGGUCAGGAGGAGCAGGUCAGGAGGAGCAGGUCAGGAGGAGCAGGUCAGGAGGAGCAGGUCAGGAGGAGCAGGUCAGGAGGAGCAGCUCAGGAGGAGCAGCUCAGGAGGAGCAGCUCAGGAGGAGCAGCUCAGGAGGAGCAGCUCAGGAGGAGCAGCUCAGGAGGAGCAGCUCAGGAGGAGCAGCUCAGGAGGAGCAGCUCAGGAGGAGCAGCUCAGGAGGAGCAGCUCAGGAGGAGCAGCUCAGGAGGAGCAGCUCAGGAGGAGCAGCUCAGGAGGAGCAGGUCAGGAGGAGCAGCUCAGGAGGAGCAGCUCAGGAGGAGCAGCUCAGGAGGAGCAGCUCAGGAGGAGCAGCUCAGGAGGAGCAGCUCAGGAGGAGCAGCUCAGGAGGAGCAGCUCAGGAGGAGCAGCUCAGGAGGAGCAGCUCAGGAGGAGCAGCUCAGGAGGAGCAGCUCAGGAGGAGCAGCUCAGGAGGAGCAGCUCAGGAGGAGCAGGUCAGGAGGAGCAGGUCAGGAGGAGCAGGUCAGGAGGAGCAGGUCAGGAGGAGCAGGUCAGGAGGAGCAGGUCAGGAGGAGCAGGUCAGGAGGAGCAGGUCAGGAGGAGCAGCUCAGGAGGAGCAGCUCACCUCAGGAAAAUGCACCACUUGAGCGUUGGGCACAAGGGCGGGCGGUGGCUGCGCCAUGUGUGGGCGGGCGUAUUUGUCCUUUCCCGCCCACAGCACGAGCACCCUGUGCAGCACGGGUACCGGGCGGCCGAACCGCCACAGCCCCCUUAGGAACGCCCUGUGGGCAGGCGGCAGCGGUUGCAGGGGCUCGUCAUGGUACACUCGCUGCAGAGCAGCACAGCUGGGGAGGACGAGGAGAGAGGUGGAGAGAGGUGGAGAGAGGUGUAGAGAGGUGGGGUGAGGUGGAUAAGGCAAGGAGUGAGGAUAUGGAAUGGAGGCAUAAGAUGGGAUCAUGA